AUUGUUAUUACUCACGUGAUGACUGGAGAGUGUUUAGCAGUUGAAAGAUUAAAUUGGCAAUCGAGCAUUUUUGGUGUUGAAUGUGGAAUAUCCGUUCACACUUAUAGGGAUGUAAAUAAACGAGAAACCUCCGAAUGUCACUGGAUGUUUGUAACAGAAAAACUACCACGCGGAACUGCCGAAAAAGAAUGUAAAUAAAACUCUGUCUAAGCACCUGGACGAUAUUUC